GAUUUCGUUUUCCGAUGAGGUCGUCAUCAUCGUUUUCAUAAUCGAAGCCUUGUUCCAACUAUUUGCAAAAUUUUAUCUCAAAAGAAUAGUGCAGCUUUGUCUUCCUUUCCAUAUAGGGUAGAAGAACCAGGAAAAUGUCGAUAUUUGGAGUAAAACUACUCACGGAAGACCACUAUGUGGUGUUGGACAAUGGCAUCGUGAACUUAACAUUGUCUAAGCCCGAAGGUAUUGUAACAGGCAUUCAAUAUGGAGGCAUCGAUAAUGUACUUGAAACUCUCAAUGAAGAAGUCAAUCGUGGGUAUUGGGAUCUCGUUUGGGGUGAUCUUGGAGAAUCCAGACAUGGAACAUUCGAUGUGAUAAAGGGUACAAAGUUCAAUGUAGUAGUAGAGAAUGAUGAGCAAGUAGAAGUCUCCUUUACAAGGGUAUGGGAUCCCUCUCUAAAGGGUACUCUUGUACCGUUGAGCAUAGAUAAGAGAUUUAUUUUGCUUCGGGGUUGCUCCGGAUUCUACACAUACGCAAUUUAUGAGCAUUUGGAGGGGUGGCCAGCUUUCUACCUCAGCCAGACUCGGAUUGUAUUCAAGCUUAGAAAAGACAAGUUCCAGUACAUGGCUAUUGCAGAUAACAGACAAAGAAUCAUGCCAAUGCCUGAUGACCGUUUGCCUCCUAGGGGCCAACCACUAGCAUAUCCAGAAGCAGUCCUUCUUGUAGAUCCAAUUAACCCAGAUCUCAAGGGGGAGGUUGAUGACAAGUACCAAUAUUCAUGUGACAACAAGGACAUUGGGCCACAUGGUUGGAUAUGCACUGAUCCUUUGGUGGGCUUUUGGAAUAUUACUCCUUCUAAUGAAUUCAGAACUGGAGGACCACUCAAACAAAACCUCACUUCCCAUGUGGGUCCCAUCACUCUAGCUAUGUUUCAGAGUGCUCACUACGCUGGGGACAAUCUUGUGCCCAAGUUUCAAAACGAGGAACCAUGGAAAAAGGUUUUUGGACCUGUAUUCAUAUAUCUUAAUUCAGCUUUAACAGGGCAAGAUUGCAGUGUACUCUGGGAAGAUGCAAAAGAACAGAUGAUGACUGAAGUUCAGAGCUGGCCUUAUAGUUUUCUAGCUUCAGCGGACUACCCCACUAAGGAAGAGAGAAGUUCAGUUAGUGGUCGAUUACUCGUUAGAGACAGAUUUCUCAGCAAUGAUGAUUUGAUUGCGGAUUCUACUUACGUUGGGCUGGCUUUGCCUGGAGAUAUUGGCUCAUGGCAAAGAGAAUGCCAGGGAUAUCAAUUCUGGACCAGAACUGAUUAUGAUGGUUAUUUCACCAUUAGUAGUGUUCGGGUUGGAGAUUACAAUCUGUAUGCAUGGGUGUAUGGUUUCAUUGGAGACUACAAAUAUGAUGGAAAGAUUACCAUAUCUUCAGGAUGUGACGUAGAUUUGGGUGAAAUUGUUUUUGAGCCUCCAAGAGAUGGCCCAACUUUGUGGGAGAUUGGUAUUCCUGAUCGAUCUGCAGCUGAAUUCUAUGUUCCUGAUCCUAAUCCUAAAUAUGUCAACAAACUUUAUGUUGACCAUCCAGACAGGUUCAGGCAGUAUGGGUUAUGGGAAAGAUAUACUGACUUGUAUCCAAAUGACGAUCUUGUCUAUACUGUUGGCACAAGCGACUAUCAGAAAGAUUGGUUUUUCGCACAAGUAACGAGGAAGGGAGAAAAUGGCACAUAUCAAGCUACAACAUGGCAGAUAAAGUUCGACCUUGAUAGUGUAAACCAAGAUGGUACCUAUAAGCUCCGAGUGGCCCUCGCAUCAGCUGCAAUGGCUGAACUACAGGUUCGAUUCAAUGAUCCCAAAGCCAAUCCACCACAUUUUACAACUGGAAUAAUUGGGAUGGAUAAUGCAAUCGCUAGGCAUGGGAUUCAUGGGCUCUAUUGGUUGUAUAGUAUUGAUAUACCAAACACUCAGCUUGUGGUGGGGGUAAAUACGAUCUUUCUCACUCAAGCUAAUAGCACAAGUCCUUUCCGAGGUAUUCUUUAUGAUUAUAUUCGGCUAGAAGGGCCUCCCUCCGAAGAACUCCCUCACCAUUCUCAUUGAAAGGUAAUAUUCCACGAAUUUCAAAAGCUAUUCCUUGCAUUUCCAUUUUGAUGGGUGAUUUUAUCAUAGAAGGCCUGUUGUUUUGAACAGUUUGAUUUAUUGUUGGAUAUGAACGUCGUAACUUCUUGAGAGAUUGUAGAAAAUAUGUAACAUGACUAAGUAUUAACGAGAAAAUUUGGUGAACUUUUAGCUAAUGGAGAUUAUUUCAAGGAAA